AAAUCCUAACCUCGAUCGCAGAGGGCUGUAAAUAAAACCCCGGAAAAGAAAAGCAUCGUUCUCUGAGGAAUCGAUGCCGUUUUUCCUAUUUUCCCCAACGAAAAGUUCCAUCCGCGCGGUGCUAGAAGUGGUGCGUGCAAAUCCGGAUCGAUCGGGUGCGUUGUGAAAUCAGAACCUCGCCGUUUUCUUCCGCAGUUCCCCGUCAAUUAGUCAUGUGUCUGGCGCUCGGCCGGUGAAGAACGGGCCAAAAUAUUGCGCUUUAAUUCCGCACGAAAGCCACGGAGAGCCCGCAAUACGGGCGACCAGCAGUCGCCGGAAAACGAAGCCCACCGGAUCGGAACGGUUCACGGAAGCGGGGAGUGGUCCAGAAUGUUGACACUGGCGGGGGUGGAGGGGUUAAGUGCGCAAAACCCUGCUAGUGAAGCCCACGAGAUGGUGGUCUAGGGAGGCGGAAGUGUUGAGCGUGGUUUGACUGCAGAUUUCUAAAUGUCGAAGGACCACGAGAGUGUAAUUAGGGAAAAUUGAGAACACCACUCUACCAUCACCGAGAGUGUGAUAACCGACCGGGGGGUGCUGUGCGGUAAGUGGUGAGGUAACGACGCAAAAAAAAACACUCCCGACCACACCACAGACGGGGGCGAGGGAAGCAAAGUACACCCCACUUUCGUUGAUAAGAGAACGCAAAUCUUACUUCAUCGCCAAGAGCAGCGCGCCGCCAGGGCGGCGCGUAUUGGAUUUAUUGGUGAGCCAACCGGACGACGGCUCCCCCCAGGAAUGUGCAACAUGAUCGAGGUAUCGCAAGCAACGAACGAUCACAGCAAUCAGGAGGAUGAGGAUGAUGCCUCAUUGCCGAUUAGCUUCGCCAGCGUGCGGCAUUUGGGCAAGAUCGAGGGAAUCAACUGUACGACGCAGAGCUGGCGCGUCAAAGAGCGCAUGAAAACGGUCAGCGUGGCGCUGGUUCUCUGCCUCAACGUCGGUGUUGAUCCGCCCGAUGUGGUGAAGAUUCAUCCGUGCGCUCGCAUGGAGUGCUGGAUCAGCCCGUCCUCCGUCUCUCCCGGGAAGGCGCUCGAGCUGAUCAGCUAUGCCUUGCAGAAGCAGUACGAACGGUGGCAGCCGCGUGCCCGCUAUCGUCACUCACUCGAUCCGACAGUCGAGGAUGUGACAAAACUGUGUACCUCGUUGCGCCGCAACGCGAAAGAAGAACGCGUCCUGUUCCACUACAAUGGCCACGGUGUGCCGCGGCCGACAGCGAACGGGGAAAUUUGGGUGUUCAACCGUACCUACACGCAGUACAUCCCGCUGUCGAUCUACGAUCUGCAGACGUGGAUGGGAGCACCAUCGAUCUACGUGUACGAUUGCUCGAAUGCCGGCAUUAUCGUGAACAGCUUCAACACGUUCGCCGAGCAACACGAGAGUGAAAUGGAGCAGAUGCGAACGCGCAGCGGCAGCACAGUUGGCCAUGGCGGUGAUGCGACGACGAAGGAAGGAAACCGUAGCUCACCGUUGGGAGGGACGAACGCAAGUGCAGCCGCCGGUACGAACACGGGAGCACCCGCGCCUGCUACGACCUACCGGAACUGCAUCCAGCUGGCGGCAUGUGCGGCGGAUCAGUUGCUACCGAUGAACCCGAACCUGCCGGCCGAUCUGUUCACCUCCUGCCUUACAACGCCGAUCAAAAUGGCGCUCAAGUGGUUCACACUCCAGUCGACCUCGAAACUGGUGCCAGAUGUGGAUGAAGAUAUGAUCGAACGAAUUCCUGGUCAGCUCAGCGAUAGGCGCACGAUGCUGGGAGAGCUGAACUGGAUUUUUACCGCGAUCACGGAUACGAUCGCCUGGAAUACGCUGCCGCCUGAGCUGUUUCAGAAGUUGUUUCGUCAGGAUCUUCUGGUAGCUAGUCUGUUCCGUAACUUUCUGCUGGCUGAACGGAUCCUGCGGGCCUACGAUUGUACACCCAUCUCCAGCCCCGCCUUACCGCCCAGUUAUCGGCAUCCGAUGUGGUCGGCCUGGGAUCUGGCGCUCGAUAUCGUCCUGAAGCAGCUGCCGGCCGUGCUGCGGAACGACAAAGCCUUCCAGCACUCGCCCUUCUUUGAAGAGCAGCUGACCGCGUUUCAGGUGUGGCUGGAAGGUAGCACCGAGCAGCGCAGCCCACCGGAGCAACUACCGAUCGUGCUGCAGGUGUUGCUAUCGCAGGUGCAUCGAUUGCGUGCCUUGGAAUUGCUCGGACACUUCCUCGAUCUGGGUCCGUGGGCGGUCAAUCUGGCGCUCAGUGUUGGGAUCUUCCCGUACGUGUUGAAGCUGCUGCAAAGCUCCGCCAACGAGCUGCGACCGUUUCUGGUGUUCAUCUGGGCGAAGAUACUCGCCGUCGAUAGUACGUGCCAGAUCGAUCUGGUGCGCGAUGGAGGUCACCGUUACUUUCUGGCCGCUCUGCAGGACACCAACUCGGCGGUGGCGUGCUUCAAGGGCAACCACCGUACGUACGCCGCGUUCGUGCUCGCCUGUAUCGUCCAUAACUUCCCGAAUGGACAGUCGAGUGCACUGCAAAGCCAGCUCGUGUCGAUCUGUCUCGAUCAGCUGAACGAUGCGAGCAACCCGUUGCUGCGCCAAUGGUUAGCCAUCUGCCUGGGUCAUCUGUGGCAGGACUAUGAGCAAGCGCGUUGGUCCGGGGUGCGAGACAAUGCGAACGAGAAGCUGUACCUGUUGCUGAGUGAUCCGCAUCCCGAGGUACGGGCGGCCGCUGUCUAUGCCCUCGGCACAUUCAUCAGCUCCGUGACGCAACGCUCGGAUCAUGCGAACACUAUCGAUCGGGCAACGGCCAUGCAUCUGUUUGCGACAGUUAGCAACGAUAUGAGCCCGUUGGUGCGCAUGGAACUGAUUGCCGCGCUUCAGUGGAUGGUGCUGUUCUUCGAGAGCCAGUUCGUUGCCACCGUGCUGCAGGUGGACAGCCCGGAGCGUAGUGUGAACCCAAUGAAGCGUGUUUCCAGUACGAACAACAUUCUCGGAGUCGGGAAAACAUCCGUCACCGUUGGGUUCUAUCAGCGGCUGUGGAAUGGAUUUGUGGCUCUCUCGAAGGACCCUUUUCCCGAGGUGGCCGCGAUGGCGCAGAAGAUUACCGAUUACGUGCGCGCCGAAACGGCCAAGGAAGUGACGGCGUGUGAUAAGAGUGGCCAUCAUCAUGGUACUGGAAUGGCUAGUAGCGUAAGCUUACCACCAUCGCCCAACACACGAGUUAACUAUCUGUCCGGUGAAUCACCUCCACCACACCACGGAGAUAAUGGGCUUAAUCGGCUUGGCGCAACCAAUAACCACCAUCACCACCAUGCCACGCCUCUAUCGAUGAAGAAACGUACUCAGGCAAUGAAUGAAAGUGGAGAAUUUUCCGAGGCACAAACCAGCACGCCCGGGUCAAAGCUCUCCAGCAGUCAACAGCAGCCGCAAGGCGUUUCUUCCUCCAGCAUGUCCUCGUCGAUAUCGGGAGGAACAGGCAGUGGUGCCAUCAAGCCGAUCGUCAGCACAAAGUUCAUCGAAUGGUCCGUGAGCUUCUUCGCGCAGCCGUCGAAGCACAUGCAUGACGCUAUGGAUGGUGGCCAUGAUGCCAGUAAUGGCAGCAAUGGCAGCGGCAACAAGAAGAAGAUGGAAGAUCACAAUUCUUCCGAGUAUCUUAAUCGGCAGGCUAGGUGCCUGCGCAAUCAAGCGGUACGUAGCGAGGGACGAAUCCAACGGAAAAAGGCCAUCUUCAAGCGACUGGAUGUACAACAUUGGUCGUGCCGGACCCAACAUGCCCCUACGAUUAUUAAACUCAAUCCCUACGAUGAACAGCUGGCCUUUGCGUACAAAGACCGAGUGAUAGUGGUGAACAUGAACACGGAUACGACGUACACGCUAGCUCCGCCAUCGACAGCAGCCGGCAGUGGUACUAGUAGCAGCACUAGCAGUGGAAGCAGCAUUAUCCAGCAACAGUCCCUCUUUCCGUUACAACAACACGGUCCCCAUCGCUUGAUCAGUCAGACGAUCAGCUUACACGAUCACCAAUCAUCGUUGCACCAUCAGCCACGAAUGCCACACGAAACGUUCCUGCAUGGCACAGUCAGCCAGCAACAACCACUCAGCGUAACGUCACUGGAAUUCAUCAAUGCGCACGACAUGGGCCUUGUGAUGGCCGGUUACAGUGAUAGCACCAUUCGGUUGUGGCGUCCCCUAGAUCCUAGUGCUGAACAGCAGCAGCAGCAGCAGUCACAACAGCAAUCGCAAUCACAACUACUCUCUGCCUGGCACGGGUUACUGGACUUUCAUUCGGCGAGCCUGGCUAAAGUGAGCUGCCUCGAUACGGCUGGACAGGCAUCGCAUUUAAACGGCGGCGCACCGGCACCCGGAGGCUUGGUACUGGCGUGGCAUCAGCGCUCCCAGACGAUCAUGGCUGCCGGAGAGGCGAAGUACGUUCGGAUAUGGGACGCUGAGCGUGAGAUGCGAAUAUGUGAUAUACCGAGCGGAUCUGAUACGUCGGUCCUAAAGUUGUCCUGCGCUCCAAACGGUCUGUUCGCGGCCGGCUUUUACGAUGGUAGCGUGCGUAUCUUUGAUCAUCGCUGUCCACCCGCGGAACAGCGCUGUGCCACGAUACGGGAGCAUCUGCAUCCGAUCCUGACGCUCUGCAUGCGGGACGAUUGCGAGGCACUCAUCACGGCGUGCACUGGAUCGGUCGUGAGGCUGUAUGAUCUGAGGAAAACGGGAUCCGCGCAUCAGUACUGGAACAUCGGGACGGAUGUGUCAGCGAUGGCAAUACACGCCAGUGCCGAUAUACUCGCUUGUGCUACCAGUCAAAUCGUCAUUUAUGGACUGGACGGGGCUGUGCUUAGCACGGGUCGUAGCAACGAAGGGUUUAUGGCGUCGCGCAAGGGAGUGGCUUCAUGCCUGUCGUUCCACAAACACAAACUGAAUCUGGCCGCCGGUUACAACGACAACACUGCAGCCGUACUGGUCCCGGACCGGAAGUGAAGAAGCUCACCUUUAUACCCCGGAUAGCUUUAUAAUCGCUGGUAGCUAAUACAGAGAAAGAGCGGGAGAGAGAGAGAAAGAAAGAAGGAGAGAUAGAAAGAGAGAGAGAGAGACAGAGAGAAGAUGAAGAGGUCGGCAUAUACUGGCAUAGGCUGCUGCUGCAACGCUAUCGCUUUAAGGUAGGUUUUAUCGUGUAGGGAACAGAAUUCAAUAAUUAGUUUGGUAAAGACUUAAUACAACUGCAGUGCUUCUCUUAUUGUAGGCCAACCCAACGCAACUACAUAGGACAAAUGAGCUAGCGCCUUAGCAGAACGCAACCAUAAAGAUAUUGUCCGUACCGUUUUGAGAUGAGCAAACGUUUCCGCUAAACGAGAAAUGUGAUGUCGUCUACCGACGAAUGCCACCGCCACCACGCAAAGUUCAACCGUGUCCGUGAUUCAUUGGAAGAUUCGUAGGUGAAAAUCAUCUGGUAGAGAGGGAUAGACCAAAAAGGACCUAAUAAUCAGAGCCCAGGGCUACUGUAGGAUCGCUGUCCCCCUCCACAAUGCUUGCAAAUAAUGCAAAUAGCAGCAGUAGCUUGUAAGCUGAGAUAGAGUGUAGCGAGUGUGUACAGCAAAACUGUCGCUUAGAAAGCAAAGCAAAAGCAAGACAAAUGAAGGCUUUAAGGCAAAAGCAACAGCUGGAGCAACCGAUAAUCUUCUAGUUCUUUUAAAUCUAUUUCCGUUUCCGCCGGAUCCACCAAUGUUUCUGUGAUGAGAAAUGUUUUGGCAUCUAGCUUGCAGGGCAAAUCAUGGUCGAAGGCGUGGAGAUUGUGCUGUGGUACAGCUUAUCCUCCCGUCCCAUACAAUCACAGAUUCAUAGGUUUACCGUCUAGCUAUGUAUCAUUUGUUGAUGGACUUUUAAUAUGCUUUUUACCUCAUCUAUAAUUAGUAAUCGUUUAAGCUAUUGAAAACGUUCACCUUCAGUUCGUUUCUACAAAGCUUUCAAUACUUGGAGUGGUGGAGUGUACAAUAGUGCGUUUUUUUUUUGGGGAGGAAGAAGGGGAAAGAAACAUUGUUUUUUGGUAACCCUGGUUCGUUUUAAAUUAGCAUUAAUAUCGAAUUAUCGGUUAGUUAAGUCGCCACAUUAUGAUUAUGUUUACAUUAUGAAAAGGGCAACAUUAUGAACCUGAAUGAAGUGGAAUUGUAAAUAAAACCAUAUGCCUGGUAAUCGGACAAUCGCGUUUGACAAUCUUUGUUGGUCACGAAGGUAACACAAACCUUCUUAUAGGGUACGCGAACGUACGCUCCUG